AUGUCUAUAUUUACACCAACAAACCAGAUCCGACUCACAAAUGUGGCGGUGGUGAGGAUGAAAAAGGGAGGAAAACGAUUUGAAAUCGCCUGCUACAAAAAUAAAGUGAUGAGCUGGAGAUCUGGAGCGUGAGUAUUUUAGGAAUUUAGAUAGCUGCGUAGCUAUGAUAGCUAGCUAGUUGGAUCUAGCUGCGUAGCUAUGAUAGCUAGCUAGUUGGAUCUGUUUGAUACCCACCGAGGCAUAUAGAAAACACUACUAGUAUGUCAGACUAAUGGUAGUAUUCAGCUUUGAUGUUUUUCUAAUUAGCUCCGAAUGUAACUAAAUAAUUUGUUUAAACAAUCUAAUGUGCUGUUUCGGAGGAGCAAGUCAUGACUCAUGUCAUCGUCAUGGCUAAUUGGAUUGGCCUAUCACUUGUCUUGUAUCGUGCAUCAUAUUCUUACCCAGCGUCGAGAGGCUGUGGAAUGAUGAGGAUAUGAGGAACAGUCUAGGUGCCAUGUGUUUUGCAUCACUGAUUCUUUGGACUUUGAAUCACCUACAACUGGCAUCUUUUGAAUUUCAGAAGGGAACACCCCCUCGACCUCCCCUAGAACCAAAUCCAAUAGCUGGUUAGAGUUCACACAAUAUUUGGUUUUAGGUUGUCGAGAUUAGCCUAUCAAUCACUAUAGGUAUUGAAUGCAUCAUCUAGCACAGUGUUUCUGUCCUGGUCCUGGGGAACCAAAGGGGUACACAUUUUUGUUUUUACCCUAGCACUAUUCACCUGAUUCCACUAACCAACUCAUUGUAAAACCUUUGAUUAGUGGAAUCAGGUGUGUAGUGUUUGGGCAAAAAUGUGCACCCCAGGACCAGAAUUAAGAAACAGUGAUAGCAAAGCCCAAUGUAAACAUUUCAUAAAUCUCCAUGCCAUUUUCAUUUGCCAAUUACACAGAGAGAAGGACCUGGAUGAAGUGUUGCAGACCAGCUCUGUUUUCAAUAAUGUUUCCAAGGGUCAGGUCGCCAAGAAAGAUGAUCUGUCAAAAGCCUUUGGAACAGAUGACCUGACAGAGAUAUGUAAACAGGUAAAUACAUUGACAAAUAUAAAUGAACACCAGUAACCAAUAUUACACUCACAUUCAACAUUAUGUAUUGCUGUGUGAUUUGCCUAUUCAAUAUUUUUCUUUUUUUUCCCUUUGUUGGUCAGAUUUUAGCUAAAGGAGAACUCCAGGUUUCAGACAAGGAGAGGCAGAGCCAGUUGGAGACGAGUUUCAGAGACAUUGCGACCAUCGUGGCGGAGAAGUGUGUGAACCCAGAGACCAAGCGACCAUACACAGUCAACCUCAUAGAGAGGGCCAUGAAGGAUAUCCACUACUCUGUCAAGGCCAACAAGAGCACCAAGCAGCAGGUAGGGCUGGGACACAAUGUUGUUGCUACAGUACACUCUUGAGUCUAGACAUUUACCGUAUUUUAAUAUAAACGUCAAGGAUGAAUGGCUGAACAUGAAUGAACGGCUUUGUUUUUAAUGCUCACUCACUGUGCAUACUGUGUGUACAAGCUGUGGCUAGAUUUAGCCAUAAAUUAUUCCCUUCAAGUGUGAGGAGUUUGGUCUCUCAUAUUAAACAUUCUGAACCUGUAUGUUGUUUAGCUACAUAAACCAGAAUACUUACAUGGAUGGCUUUCAGUACAUACCAACUAAUGACUGUCUUUGUCAUGCUAAUGCCCCAUGAAUCUAACGGCUGUUUGUUCCUAGGCUCUGGAGGUGAUUAGGCAGCUGAAGGAUUCCAUAGAGAUCCAGAGGGCCCACAUGAGGCUCAGGCUGGUCCUGCCGGCCAAGGACGGCAAGAGGCUGAAGGAGAAACUCAAACCCAUCCUCAAGGUGGUGGAAAGUGAAGACUUUGACGACCAGCUGGAGAUGGUGAGAGAAAUAUCCCUUUAGUCUAUAUUAUGCUACACUGUGGGGCUCUUAAGCACGUGUCAAACUCAUUUCACGGAGGUCUGCGUGUUUUCGCUCCUUCAUGGUACUUGAUUGAUGAAUUAAGGUCACUAAUUAGUAAAGCGCUCCCCUCACCUGGUUGUUUAGGUCUUAAUUGAAAGGAAAAACAAGAAACCCGCGGACACUAGGCCAUCCAUGGAAUGAGUUUGACACCCCUGCUCUAAACUAAAAUGGUUAUAUCUUAUCUAGACAUGAUACCCAAACAAAUAUGUAAUACACUGUAUACGCUAGUAGUACAUGAUUCAAGUAAUGCAACAACAACAAUCCUUUCCUUCCCCCCUCUCUCUCUAUAUAUAUUUCUUUCCCCCUCCCUCCAUCCUCCAGGUGUGUCUGGUGGACCCAGGCUGCUUUAGGGAGAUAGAUGAGUUGAUCCGCUGUGAGACGAAAGGUAAAGGUUCCCUGGAGGUGCUCAGUCUGAAGGAUGUGGAAGAGGGAGACGAGAGGCUGGAAUAG